AUGCUCGAGGAAUCUGCGAAGAAGCAGCUGACCAUGGGAUCCAAAGGCGACAAGAUGCUGGGGUUGAAGAGCAUGUUCUCCAAGGUUGAGAACAAUCCCAAUGUGAAGAUGGUAAAGGGCCAGUACAAGGCGUUAGAGGCGAUAGACGACUUGGGCUCAGUUUCCAACAAGAGACUGUUCCUUCACAAAGCACACAGCAAGAAGAGGAAUGUGCUUCAUGCCAUCGCAGAUGUCGCCAAGAAAGCUGGUGUCAAGAUCUCCGUGGGCAAGAUAUCCGCAACUGAGAAGGAGAAAGCAGCCAACAUGGUGGAGGAAUUGCUCAAGUCAGCAAGCAAGCAAAUCAAGAUGAAGGCAGCCAGCCCUCGAGAAGUUUUCAAGUCCAAGAUGAAGAAGGCUAUGUUCAACUACAAGUUGUACAAGGGGCAGCAUCGACCGGGGGUCCAUGACACGAAACCCAUCCAGCAAUCCCUUCCAGAGAAAAAUCCAAGUUGGAAAUCUAAGUUGGAAUAUCGCAACCCCAAUUUUCACGACAAGAUGGCGAAGGCCCUCUUGUACUAUCAGGCUUACAGAACGGGCGGGGGCAGUAGGACCAAACCGAUGAAACCUGACAUCCCCACGGCUGCUGAUGAGGCUUCGAAGCCCGAGUAUGUGAUGAAUGACAGCGUCUCGAGCAUGCAUCGAAGGCAUGGCAGCGUUCAGAGCUCGCAUGCGAACCAUCGGUACAAGUGUGACCUCACUGGAUGCCAUGUGAUAGAGGCAACUGAAGAAUUCAGGCCCAACGGCCUCUACAUAGGGCUGAAAGAAGAGCUUGCACAGAUGUCAAAGUCACAUGUACACACAAGUUCUAGAGUUGCGGGCAUGAGUCCAACCUUGUCAAGACCGAGCGACCAUGCCGCCGCUCUGCGUCGCCUACAGAAGAAAUCUCAACAGUACAACGAUGCGAUGCCUCUGAACCCCCUGAAUGGAAUCCCGGGCUAUACGCCGAGGCAUAGAAGCAAGGAGACUGAGGCGGAGGCUCCUGUCACCUCUCUCUUAAACCGCAUGCCAGUCCCGGACUCUCCCAAGAAACUGCUUGAGACCAAGGCUUACAUGCAGCAACUCUCGCAAGGGCAAGGACAUGACUCAGCCCCUGCCUUCGAUGACGCGGCGCCCAAGAUGUUCCGAUAG